AUGCAAUUCUCCAAGAUCCUCAUCACCAGCCUCUUCGGCCUCGCCGUCGCCAGCCCCAUCGACAAGCGCACGGCGGCAGAGAUCGAGACCGACAUCGCCACCAUCAGCUCGGACCUGACCUCCUUCAACACGGCCAUCAACGCCUUCACCGGCUCGCUCCUUCAGGCCCUCUCGCUGCUCACCAGCUACAACACCCUGGCCUCCGCCACCACCACCGCAACCUCAGAGAUCACUUCCACCGGCGCGCUGGCCGCCUCCGACUCGGCUACCAUCUACGCGUCCGUGUCGAGCCUGACUACCCAGAUCUCCGACACUCUGAGCGAUGCUACGGCCAAGGAAUCGGUUGUUGCCUCGUCCGGAUACACGAGCUCGGUCUGCUCGGCUUUGUCAACGCUGUCUACGGACUCGGAUGCAUUCUUCACGGCCCUUGAAGGCACCAUCGAUUCUGCCUACACUAGCCAGGUUGAUGCCUUGCAGGCUACCGUCGCCUCUGGCUUCGCGAGCACGAUAUCUGCAUAUGGAUGCUAA